AUGAAGACCUCUCCCAUCCUCACUUUUGUUAUAAUGGUUACCGCCGCUCUCGCCCUUCCUGCAGUUACUACAAACACCGAAAACAUUCAUAUCGCUCAGAGAGAGAACGAGAUCGGUACUCCUAAAAUGCAUCGGAGAUCACCGAUGUUCCCAAACAGCGUCUUAAUGAACGCUUACUCUAAGCAAGUUGGCGAAUGCUUAAUCCGACAAACUGUUAUCGAUAGAUACCCGGACUGGCAUGAGCGAUUGAGAUACUGUAUUAACGGGGGCAAUUAA